AGGAGGAGGCGAGGCGAGGGAGCGGGGCGGGCGGUGGCGGCGACGGUGGCGGCGGCAGCGGCAGCUGGGGGGGGGAGCCAGGAGAAGAUGGCGGUGCGGAAGAAGGAUGGCGGCCCUAACGUGAAGUACUACGAGGCCGCAGACACCGUGACCCAGUUUGAUAACGUGCGGCUCUGGCUCGGCAAGAACUACAAGAAGUACAUCCAAGCUGAACCACCCACCAACAAGUCCUUGUCUAGCCUAGUGGUACAAUUGCUACAGUUCCAGGAGGAGGUAUUUGGCAAACAUGUGAGCAACGCACCACUUACCAAGCUUCCGAUCAAAUGUUUCCUAGAUUUCAAAGCAGGAGGUUCCCUAUGUCAUAUCCUUGCAGCUGCUUACAAGUUCAAGAGUGACCAGGGAUGGCGGCGUUACGAUUUCCAGAAUCCAUCCCGCAUGGACCGCAACGUGGAAAUGUUCAUGACCAUUGAGAAGUCCCUUGUGCAGAAUAACUGCUUGGCUCGACCCAAUAUUUUCCUACACCCUGAGAUUGACCUUAAGCUGCUAGGGAAAUUGAAGGACAUUAUCAAAAGGCAUCAGGGAACAGUCACUGAAGAUAAGAACAAUGCCUCCCAUAUAGUAUGCCCUGUUCCUGGGAACCUGGAGGAAGAGGAAUGGGUACGGCCAGUCAUGAAGAGGGACAAACAAGUUCUUUUGCACUGGGGCUACUAUCCUGACAGUUAUGACACCUGGAUUCCAGCAAGUGAAAUUGAAGCUUCUGUAGAAGAUGCACCCACACCUGAGAAACCAAGGAAGGUUCAUGCUAAAUGGAUUCUUGACACGGAUACUUUCAACGAGUGGAUGAAUGAAGAAGACUACGAAGUGAAUGAUGACAAAAACCCUGUAUCUCGCCGUAAGAAGAUCUCAGCUAAGACACUGACGGAUGAGGUGAACAGCCCAGAUUCAGACAGGCGGGACAAGAAGGGCAGUAACUACAAGAAAAGGAAGCGUUCUCCCUCCCCUUCUCCAACCCCUGAAGCCAAAAAGAAAAAUGCAAAGAAGGGUCCCUCAACACCUUAUACUAAAUCAAAGCGUGGACAUCGAGAAGAAGAACAAGAGGAUCUGACCAAGGACAUGGAUGAGCCCUCACCAGUCCCCAAUGUUGAGGAAGUGACACUGCCCAAGACAGUCAAUACCAAAAAGGACUCAGAGUCGGCACCAGUUAAAGGAGGCACCAUGACUGAUCUUGAUGAACAGGAGGAUGAGAGCAUGGAGACCACAGGCAAGGAUGAGGACGAGAGCAGCACUGGCAACAAGGGUGAACAGGCAAAGAACCCUGACCUUCAUGAAGACAACGUGACCGAACAGACUCACCACAUCAUCAUCCCUAGCUACGCGGCCUGGUUUGACUAUAAUAGCGUCCACGCUAUUGAGAGGAGGGCUCUGCCAGAAUUCUUCAAUGGCAAGAACAAAUCCAAGACUCCAGAGAUCUACCUGGCCUAUCGAAACUUCAUGAUUGACACCUACCGACUGAACCCUCAAGAGUACCUCACCUCCACUGCCUGCCGCCGGAACCUGGCAGGUGAUGUCUGUGCCAUCAUGAGGGUCCAUGCCUUCCUGGAACAGUGGGGUCUAAUCAACUACCAGGUGGAUGCAGAGAGCCGACCAACUCCCAUGGGACCCCCUCCCACUUCUCACUUCCAUGUCCUAGCUGACACACCCUCAGGGCUGGUACCACUACAGCCUAAGACACCCCAGGGCCGACAGGUUGAUGCUGACAACAAGACUGGGCGAAAAGGCAAAGAACUAGAUGACCUGGUACCGGAGACAGCUAAGGGAAAGCCUGAGCUGCAAACCUCAGCUUCCCAGCAAAUGCUCAACUUUCCUGACAAAGGCAAAGAGAAACCAACAGACAUGCAAAAUUUUGGACUACGGACAGAUAUGUACACCAAAAAGAAUGUACCCUCCAAGAGCAAGGCUGCAGCCAGUGCAACCCGUGAGUGGACAGAACAGGAGACACUACUUCUUCUGGAGGCACUAGAGAUGUACAAAGACGACUGGAACAAGGUGUCAGAGCAUGUAGGGAGUCGCACACAGGAUGAAUGUAUACUGCACUUCCUCCGUUUGCCCAUUGAGGACCCGUACCUAGAGGACUCAGAGGCUUCACUGGGGCCCCUUGCCUACCAGCCUAUCCCCUUCAGCCAGUCUGGUAAUCCCGUCAUGAGCACUGUUGCCUUCCUGGCCUCUGUGGUUGACCCCCGAGUGGCUUCUGCUGCUGCCAAGUCAGCCUUAGAAGAGUUCUCCAAGAUGAAAGAGGAAGUUCCCACAGCCCUGGUGGAGGCCCAUGUUCGCAAGGUGGAGGAAGCAGCCAAAAUGACAGGCAAGGCAGACCCAUCCUUUGGUUUGGAGAGUAGCGGCAUUGCAGGAACCACUUCUGAUGAACCUGAUCGGAUUGAAGAAAGUGGAACUGAUGAGACUCGGACAGAAGGGCAGGUUGCAGAGGAGAAAAAAGAGCCUAAGGAACCACGGGAAGGAGGUGCUACCACAGAGGAAGAAGUAAAGGAUAAACCAAGUGAAGCACCCAAAAAGGAGGAAGAGAAGGGGAAGGAAGGUGACAUUGAGAAAGAGUCGGAGAAGAGUGAUGGGGACCCCAUGGCUGACCAGGAAAAAGAGAAGGAGCCAAAGGAAGGACAGGAGGAGGUGCUAAAGGAUGUGGUUGAGUCUGAGGGUGAGAGGAAAACCAAGGUAGAGCGGGACAUUGGCGAAGGCAAUCUCUCCACUGCAGCUGCUGCUGCCUUGGCUGCGGCUGCUGUAAAAGCCAAGCACUUGGCUGCAGUUGAAGAGAGAAAGAUCAAGUCCCUAGUGGCCCUGCUAGUGGAGACCCAGAUGAAGAAGCUGGAGAUCAAACUUCGGCACUUUGAAGAGCUGGAGACUAUCAUGGACCGGGAGCGAGAGGCCCUGGAGUACCAGAGGCAACAGCUCCUGGCUGACAGACAGGCCUUCCACAUGGAACAACUGAAGUAUGCAGAGAUGAGGGCACGGCAGCAGCAUUUCCAGCAGAUGCACCAACAGCAACAGCAGCCUCCCCCAAACUUACCCCCUGGCUCCCAGCCAGUACAACCCACAGGAGCUUCUGUGCCACCCCCUGCCCACAGCUUGGCUGUGGCUCCACCCUCUGUAGCCCCUACCCCUUCUGGUACCGGGGCCCCACCUGGCAGCUUGGCCCCCACUGAACAGAUGGGACAGACGGGGUCAGCCUCAGGGUCACAACAGCUACAACCAGCCGGAGCUCCCCAGCCGGGAACAGUCCCACCUGGAGCACCUCCCACUGGACCCCACGGCCCCUCACCGUUCCCUAGCCAACAAACUCCUCCCUCAAUGAUACCGGGGGCAGUGCCAGGCAGUGGGCACCCGAGCGUGGCCGGUAAUGCUCCUUUGGGUUUGCCUUUCAGCAUGCCACCUCCUCCUCUUCCUCCUCCUCCAUCAUCCAUCAUCCCAUUUAGUAGCCUAGCUGAUUCCAUCAAUAUUAACCUCCCUCCUCCUCCUAACCUGCAUGGGCAUCACCACCAUCUCCCGUUUGCCCCGGGAACCCUCCCCCCACCUAACCUGCCUGUGUCCAUGGCGAGCCCUCUGCAUCCUAACCUGCCGGCGACCACCACCAUGCCAUCCUCCUUGCCUCUCGGGCCAGGGCUGGGAUCCGCUGCAGCCCAGAGCCCUGCUAUUGUGGCAGCUGUUCAGGGCAACUUCAUGCCCAGUGCCAGCUCGCUGCCAGACCCAGGCACCCCAAUACCCCCAGACCCCACAGCCCCCAGCCCAGGCACGGUCACUCCAGUGCCACCUUCUCAGUGAGGAGCCAGCAGGACACCUCUUCUCUGCUCAUUCCUGAUUUGGAGAGUUGGCCUCCUGGAACAGCCUGCCCACCCAAAGGACAGAAUGUGCCGCCUCCCCCCACCCCCUUUACAAGUUGGACCUCUCCCCAGCCUGGACAGCCCAUCACUACGUAAGGAAAGUCCGUCUUUCCCAUUCCCUACCAUGUCGGUUUGUGCCUCAAAGGCACACCAUUUAUAUCUGAUUGUAUCGAGACUUUUAUUUAAAAGAGAUAAUGUCUGGGGAGGGGGAUAGGAGAAUACUGUACCAGAGAAGAGGGGCUAGUAGGGAGGUACUGGGUGUGGGUAUUUAUACCAGGUUCUGAUUAACCACUUCUUAGGGGUACAUCCCCCUCUUACUGCAGCUUUGUGGAAUUUUUUAAAAAAGAUAAUAAAUUCAAAAACACUUUUAAAGGGAAAGAAGGAAUGGGAGAGGAAACCCACACAUUAGAGCUUUUCCCCCUUCCCUUCCUCAAAUUAAAAAAAAAAAAGGUUGAGGUGGUUCUGAUCAACCAGAACAGGGGAAGAGUGCUAGCAUGAACUCUAGAGGGGAGUCAGUGGCCUCUGGGCUUCUUGCCCUUUCCCCAGCUUCAGCACACCCCCCUCCCCGAACUCUUUUUGAGUAUCAAUUCAGUCCUCUCCCCAGAUCAUUGAGAAUAAACUCUGCUGCUGCUUCCUCAGAUAAUGUCACUGUUUUAGGCCCUCCCCACCUUUCCCCUCCUGUCCCAUGCUAGGCAAAUCUCUCUAAAUGUCGAGUUUUAUGUGUGUGUUUUUUUUAAUUGGCUGCUUAGAGUGUGUAUGUGUGUGUGAGUGUGUGUGUAUAUGUGUGUGGGGGGCGGGGCAGGGAAAAGAUACUUUGGGAGUUUAGAGUCCUUCAGUAAAUGGUAGGGAGGGGACUGGAGUCUGUAUCUCAGCUCCCUAAACUUAAUAAAUACGUUCCCAGAGGGAAUGAAAGGUAGAGUUGACAGAAGAUGGAAUGUUUUUAAAACCCAAAAUUUUAAAAAAGCACUUAAGCACCUCCCUUUUAUGAUCUCAACCCUUUCCCCCAUCAAGACCACCAGAAACAUUCAUUUCUACAAGUGAUCAUCUCUGGAACCAGGGGCGUUCAGGGAGGGAAGUGGAGGGGUGCAACGUAGAGCUGUUGACAUUAGCCGUCAGCUCUCCCCACUCUCCGAAUUCUUCUCCUUGACUCCUCCUGGAUGUAAAGACAAAUCUGACUCUUCAAUCUGCCCUCCGCCUGGAGCCAGCACCCCCCUACACCCGUCUCUCCCACCUGGGCCCUUUGUUCCAUGUGCCCUUUUACAAUGUACCCACACUUACUCUCCCUUCUGUGGCUCAGCACCUUCUGUUAAGUCUUCUGUAAAUUUUCCUUUUUUUUUUAUAAAUUAAUUUGCUUUUCACUUCCA